AUAAGAUAUCCAUAUAAAGAUAUGGGGGUAAUUAGACGUCACGUGACAAAUUAUAGCUCAUUUUACUACUUUAAACGUAUUUCUACCAUAUUCCGCUGCUUAGACCAGGUUUAUUGUUAAAAACGUCAUUCCAGCCAUGUUUCUCCUUCGCAAAAGAAAAGCAGGAACUUCUCCUGAUUUAACCUCAUUUUACCCCAAAACAGCGGCAAAUCCCCAUUUACCAUCACAAUUCAAUAUCCCCAGUUGAUAAAGAACUCGAAAGUGGUAAUCAAAAUUUCCUUUUCCCAAAGUGGUACUCCCCUCCAUUUUUGUCUGGUCAAAUACAUCCGUGUCUGACCAAGAUAGUACCUGGGCCUGGCUUUAUUCUUUUGAUGAUACAACAAACAGAUGAUUCUUUUGUGAAUUUGAGCUUUGACAAAUGUAUAUCAAUUUUUAACAAAAAAAUUUAGCUAACGCAUUAGGAACUGGGCAAAGCUAGAUAUUUUGUGACGUCAUCAUCAAAAGUUUAAUGGUCCAUAUCUCUAAAAGUAUAAACAUCAUAUCAAAUAUUUUUUCAUGUCUUUUGAUGCUUUUUUCAAUGUUUGCCUCAGAUUUAAAAAAGAUGACUUUUAAUCUUUUAAUUUUGUAAAAUCAAAGUCAUCUUUAAGGAUUACUGCUUUCCUUAAUCUUGCCUACCGAGACUCCAAGCUAGAUAGCAAACAACAACCGUUCUUGGCUGCUCUUUCUUCCUUUUCUAGAACAUUAAAACCUUCGCAUAAGAAAAACAUUGCUAAACUUUUGAAACAAAGCUACCCUGAUGUUGAGUGGGGUCUUUAUUAACAUUACCCACGAGUGGACUGUGUCGAGGCAGGUAGCAGAGGCAGGUCUCCUGGCAACCGGCUGACGAGCCAAAAUGUUUUCCUAGAAGUGUUUAGAGGGGAAAUGCAGUGACCGAUUCAAAGUUCAAGCCACGACCAGACAGUGUCGAGGCAAGACGGGUAGCGAAGUGAUUGACAGCAAGUUCACUUCCCGGGCUAUUCAACAAAGGCAGGUCUCCUGGCAGCCGGCUGACGAGCCAAAAUGUUUUCCUAGAAGUGUUUUAAAGGACCAUUUAUAUAGAUUCGUAAACGCAGUAACUGCCAAAAGAUUUGCAGAGAAGAGCAAUUAAACAUUUACGUUCUAGACAAGCGAAGGCAUAUAAAGAUUUUCUUAAGAGUGAUGGCCAGGUACCAUGCAUUGGAAAGCGUCUUAUACACCCAUUGCUGCCCUGAGGUUGUAAUCCAAUAUGAAAAUAUGGAUAACGAACCUAGAAAGAGGUUACUUGAGGCCAUGAAGACGGUAUUUCUAAACUUUAUAAAUCCUCUACUUUUCCAUGAUGAUAAACGGGUCUCAUCAAAUAUCAAAUACCCUGAACUCAUCGAAGCAGCAAAGUUAUUAGAAAUUCCUCAUUUUAUGAUAAACUUGGACAAGAUUGCAGAAGCUUUCAGCAGGUGGGGAAAGACGAUGCCUCGUGAAACUGUACUCGCUGAACAUUCAAAAAGAUUGACAUUUCAACAGCAGCGAAAGGGGUUUUUCCUGGGCACCCAUUUUGCAGACUAUAAUACUGCAGGCAUAAACUGCACAGACUUCUCUACAUUGCAAAGAGUUUUUAUAAAAGACUUGAAACUCUUUGAAAAAUCAAAAGGGAAAUUUAUCGAGGGUACUAUCAUCACACCUCUAUUUGUCGUGGAGGGCAUCACAACUAUUUUAGAGGAUGCUCAAGGAGAUAUCAUUCAGCUGGGGCUUUAUAACAUGGUGCCAAGUUGCAGAAAUAAAUUUGAACUUGCAAAAAUGAAAUUUCCCGUUCAUGCAAAAAUUAAGAUAGCUGAACCAUAUUUGAAAAUAUUUGCAGACAGCCAGCAAGGAAUUAGAGUCGAUUGUCCCGAAGAGGUUUGCGUUCUUCAGCAAGCUGACUUCGAACAAAUUAGAGAAAAAGGCAAGUUGUUUACCGAAAAUGGAGAUUUUUUAGCAGCGUUUGAUAUCUAUAUCGCUGGCCUAGCGGAAUUCCCAGAUAUCCUUUUGCUUUUGAACAACAGAUGCCAGGCUGAGCUAAAGCUAAAGCAGUACGAGCUGGCUUUUUUGGAUGCCGCUGUAGUCCUUUUUAUGGAGCGGGACAACGAGAAGGGUCGCUUAAGAUACAAGAAGGCAGCAUAUGAACUUGGUUUUACAUUGGACAAUGCCCCAAAGAUGCAUGGUCUUUGGAAACGGGUCUUGUUGAAAUAUAACAAACACUCUUUGGAAGAGAAAGUAGCUGGCCCAUAUUCCAGAGAAGACGGCAACAAUGCAUAUAAGGAAGGUGAUUUUUCUAGAGCAAAAGCUAUUUAUACUUCUGCGAUGGGCGAUUGUAAUAAUGUUUGCAAGCUGCUGAUUGGAGCCGCUCUCGUGAGUUUGAAAACUGAGAUGUAUCAAACUGCAAUAUCAGCUGCGAGUGCAUGUUUUCAACUUGCUACAGACGAAAAGCAUCGCAAACAAGCAAGGUUUGCAAUGACCAAGGCGUUUUCGUCGCUGGGGGAACUAGAGUUAGCAAGGUUGGCUGCAAUGGGGGAUCUCUCCUUGUUGAAUCUGUAUGAUGGAAGAAACAAUUCUUAUAGAGUUGUAGCCAACGCCCUUAACAAAAGUUUUCCCAAAACUUUAGAGGCUGCUGAAGCUAACAGCAAUGUCAAAGUGCCGUCGGAUUAUCUAUGUCCUGACACAAUGGAGCACUGCUACAUCUCUGGAAAAGGAAGAGGAUUAAGAGCUAAGAGAGGCAUCUUGAAAGGAGAGUUGCUUGUUGUUGACCAUCCAAUCGUGUCACAGAAAAAUAAAAGCUCUUUUGACGUGUCCAUUGAUACAAGUAGAGAUAUCGCUGCUUCUUCAAGUCAAAGAAAUCUUGAAAAUAAGCUCAUUCGACUGGUCAAAUACAAUGGGUUACUUGCUAAAAAAAUUUUGCUGUUGGAUAGAAAGAGAGAUGGCUCCAAGGCCGAUGAUUUGCCUUUGAUUUCUGACCUCGAUUGGAUGGCUAAUCGCAAGCUAAGCUAUGAUGUACCGCCUUUCUUGCCACAAACUCCUGAAGAAGCUGGAGUUGAUAAAAGCUUGCUUACGCCUGAACUUUUCAAUAACGUAAUUUUCAAUAAUUGUUUUGCAUGGGGUGUGCUGGAGGAAGAAAUGGAUAGAGGAACUGCGUUGACAUUAAGAAUCAGUUUAUUCAACCACGAUGAUGACCCCAAUUGCACUCAUUUUCCAAUUGGCGAUGCGUUUACAAUAAUGGCAAUCAAAGAUAUACAGAAAGAGGAGGAGUUGACCAUUAAGUACAACGAAAGGGACGAAAUGGCACGUUGGGGACUUUAAUCUUUCUACCACUAAGAUACUUUUCACGGAAUGCCAAGAGAAGAAUAUCAAUUUUCGUUGACCAUCCAGAAAUCUUAUUUGAUUUUACAGUUUAAUAUACGUGUAUUUCAGAUAAGUGUUUUCCUGACCUGAUUGCUGCAUUUUCAAAAUAACUUUUAGCCAAUACCAGUUUGAUAUUCUUGACAAGGUAAUGAUUUUUUAUAUAUUCAGAAUAUACACAUGUUUAUUUGUAACAGUCUGAUUGUUAAGAAACUACAAUAUUGCUCUCAGAAGGGUUAAGAUACUUCAGACUUCAGUACUGCUCUCUAAAAGGCUAAGAUAUUUCAGUACUACUCUCCGACUUGCAAUCCUUUUUGUACACUUUGUGUGUCUUUUUAUCUUGUUAAAUCGCUGUUUAAACAUAAAUAAGUGGAAAGAAGCAAGUGUUUUCUAAAAGUGGCGUUUUCCGGCGUUCCAAAUUUUUUUGUCACACCCUAUCAUUUUAUAAUUAUUAAUAACUAAAAUAGCUAUACAUGUACGAGAUAAAAUAUUUACAAGUAUAGCUAAUAAAAGCCAACUACUUCAAAUUACAAAAAACAGAAUGGUUAAAAAUUUCAUAUAAAACCUAAAUGUUUUACAAAACGUCGGCAGAGCCUACAUUGGCACUGGCACUUAUUAUACUUCCAAGCUUUAAUUUUGGUCUUAAAUUCAAUCAAGUUUGUCGAGUGUCUAAUUGAGACUGGGUCUAGGAGUGUACACCAUAACUGUGGACCCCUAUAUCGAACAGUUUCUGAGCCAUACAUGAUUGAUCUCACUCUUGGUAGGUUAAAAUCACGGUCAUUUCUAAGGUUAUAGUGGUUAUUUUGUGGGCAGAAUAUUUCGUUCAUAAAAGGAGGAUUUAAGCUAUGGUUUGUUUUGAACAUUUCUAUUAUUUCUAUCUGUAAGUUCUUCUGAUGAACAGAUACCCUGUUAUCAUAUCUCAUGAGACCUUCAAAGCUAGAUUUCUGAUCUCUAUACGUUAUCCUAAGGGCUCGCUCGUGCAGUUUGUUGAUUUUAGAAUUUAGUUUCCUACUAUGGAACAUCCAUGCCAAAGGACAAAACUGAAACUGGACACUUUUCAGCUGACCCUCUUUUAGACUUGUGCGGUGCCUGAUUUAGCCUCUCCCUCUUUUAAGCUCCUCUCUUUUUAGGCCCUUUUAAAGCAAAAAUACAAAAUAAGCCUUGUACAUUCAAUACGGUUCUUGUGGACUAAAAACAAAAAAUGGCAGUAGUCGCAAUAACAAUUUUCAAGGUUGGGUCCAAGCUUAAAUUCUCUUUGUAAAUUGAAUAUUAUUGUUAAGUGUCAAAAGCUGCCCUAAAUUAAAAGAAAAACAGAAGCAAUGACAUUUAGGAACAAAAAAAUGACAAAUUUAGGGAGGGGGUCGUUUCCUCGAAUAGUUAAAAUUGCAACUUUAACUAAGGAAUGUUUCUUUCGUAUGACUGUAUGAAUCGACCUGUAAAUUUAUUGUAUGACUUAAAUUGAUAUUUUGAAAUAGCCAUGAUUUUAUAUUUCGAGUUUCUUUAUAAUUCUUUAAAUUGUAUUCCCAAAAGUCUCUGAAUUUGGAUUAACUUUUCUACAUGUCGCAACAACACAAACAUUAAAGUUUGUAUUAAAAAGUAAAGCAGCAUGUAAGAAUAAUCAGUAUUAAGUAUAUUUAAUGAUAAAAAGUAAUGUUCUUUCAAGUCAUUUAGCAGCGAUUCUUCUUUUUUUGCUUUGCCCUUUUCAAAGCUAUUUGAUGCAGAUUAAUUUUAUCUAGAAGUAUCGAGGAAUUGAGUCAUUUUUGCUCUUAACCGAAGGAAAUUACUAAAAGUUUUCGGAGGGCCAAAUGUCCUUUCGUCGUCUCUUACAAUUAAAAUGGGUGAUUUUUGAGCGAGUCCGAUUUGUAAGAUGAAACACUCUUUUUUGAUGAAUCAAAUACUUCUGCUGCAGCUUUAUGUUUACUGGCUUCUCAGCAGCUUUAUCAUAGCAAUUUAUGAUAAGGAGUUAAGGACAUUUACAAAUAAUAGGAGGAUUUUAAUGAUAGGGCAAUCAUUUUUUAUGCCAGUUGUUUUAUCCACGUAAUUAACAAAUAUGAACUUACCUUUACAAGCCAAUGUUAAAAUCUUUUCUUGUCGGCAUUGAUGCUUGUGUUACUUACGGAAAAAUCGCUUAAUUUCACUGAGAGAAAAUGCAGCCCAUCUUUCUCUCAAAAUAGCUACAAUUAUACAAUUUCUUUUGCACUUAGGUACUUUGCAUUCACAUUUUUAAAGCUUGAAGAUCGAUGAGAAGCUCACAUCCAUUGAUGCUAACUGCUACGGCCGAGUAAAAGCUGGCAAAAUUUGUCAACGAAAGGAAAACUCUUGUUGAAUCUUGAAAGCUCUGUGAACGCAAAUUUUGAUUAUUGACCUCUUGCAUGGUACUUUUCAUCAGCUAAAUUUUUGCAAAAAAAUGAAAAGAUCCAAGAAUGUGCCCUUAGAUUUCUAUACAAUGAUCGAUUCACCUGUUACAGUGACUUAGUUGCAAAUCAGAAAAGGGUACGAUGCAUGUUUCUUGUGUGAGAGUCUUUGUAAUGAAAGUUUCAAGAAACUGAACAACCUAGAUCCGUCUUUCAUGCAAAACUUCUACAAAAUUAGAUCCUCUGCUUACUCUACAGUUUGUAUGUGUGCCAGUACCUUUGAGUAUUCAAUCAUUUAUUUGUGUAGUUACUUAUCGCUUCGGAUUAGUUUGCUUUGUAUUUAUGAUAUUGCAUAUGGCAAGA